AUGGAAAUCUUCAAUGAAUGGUGUAAAAUCGUAUCAUCAACAAAGAAAAACCUAUCGGACGAAGAAUUGAUGGUGCUUUACUGCCGAAAUGGUAAACACUCGGGCUACAAGUGUUGUCAAACGAUGAAGCUAGCUCAAAGCCUUGAAACCAUUGGCGGAGCAUCAAAAAGUGCAUUAGUACAUAUCGUAUUAAUGCAUUUAGGAUCAUUUUCAUGGAAAGAUAGAAUGAUUGGAGCUCUUGCUGAAGAAGGUAUAGAAGUUAUCCAUUGUCGACUUUCUGAAGAAAUGAAGCGACAUGGAUACAAAAAGGUUGACAAAGUGCGAAACAGCUUGAAAUGGAAAGCAAUCGACACAUUACUGUUUGACAAAGGUGGACUUGGAUAG